CUUGUAGCCAUUGUAGUAACCAAAAAUGGGAUUUGGCUGAGAAUAUCUCAUCUUGUAAGCAGAAACAUUCUGUAAGAGAUUUGUACAUUUUUUGUUGCGUGGUCACCGGUCACGCUCAACCCCCGGGGCUCCGUUCCGCCGCCAAGCACGCAGACUCCCGAACUUUUUGCGGCCGCACCCUCAGCAACCACCAUGGCGGCCAGCACACACAUUGUCCCGCGGCUCUUCGCGCGGAGAGCCCCCGCCCUCGCGCGCCGCGCCUACUCGACACACACGCCCAACAUCGCCGAGGACCUCCCGCGGUCCUUUGCCGAGCAAUGGCAGCGCGAGUAUGCGGCGGGCAUACGCCUCGAGGCCCCCGAUGCCGCUGAGCCCGCUGUAUCGCCGCCCGCGUCGUCGCCGUCGCCGCCCGCCGCGUCCGCCGCCCAGCAGUACCACGCGCUGCAGGCGCAGAAGCAGCAGCACAAGGGCCUGGGCGCCGCCGUCAGCCCGCACUACCAGCCGCACACGCUGCUCACGCACCCGCCCGCGCCCGCCGACGUCACCCUCGAGCUGCUGCUCGCCUCGGAGGCGCACCAGGGCCACGCCUCGUCGCUGUGGAACCCCGCCAACGCCCGCUACAUCCACGGCAUCCGCCAGGGCAUCCACAUCAUCUCGCUCGAAGCCACCGCCGCACACCUGCGCCGCGCCGCCAAAGUCGUCCAGGCCGUGUCGUACCGCGCGGGCAUCGUGCUCUUCGUCGGGACGCGCGACGGGCAGGACCGCGCUGUCGCCCGCGCCGCCGAGCUCGCGGGCGGCUACCACCUGUUCGAGCGCUGGAUCCCGGGCAGCAUCACCAACGGCAAGCAGAUCCUGGGGCGGUGCGCGACGCGCGUGGUCGACGAGUUCGACGCGCCCGUGGCGGGCUUCGAGGAGCAGCUGCUGGACCGCGCGGCGCUGCGGCCGGACCUGGUCGUGUGCCUCAAUCCGCUGGAGAACUACGUGCUGCUGCACGAGUGCGCGCUGAACAAUAUCCCGACCAUUGGUGUUAUUGACACCAACGCCGAUCCCACCUGGGUCACCUACCCGAUCCCCGCCAACGACGACAGUCUCCGCUGCAUCCAAGUCAUCGCCGGCGUCCUCGGCCGCGCCGGCGAAGCAGGCCACAAACAGCGCCUCGCCGCCGCCGCCAGGGGCGAAAUCACCUACUCGCCGGCCUUGAACCUGGUCCCGCCGCAGACCGAAGCGGACAUUGCCGCCGCCAAAGCUGAGCGCGCCGCCGACUUUGCAGCUGCGAAGAUGGGGGACGCCGAGCAGGCGAGAAAGUCUGAGUAGACGGGAAGUCGACCAGAGGGAGGCGGGAAGUCGACCAGAUAGAGGGGUGAUGAGAGAGGGAGAGAAGGAGGGUGUUGUAAGGGUAUACAGUGUAUUAUACAGCGUACAGUAGCGGGCAGAAACACGACGUGGAAUGCAAAAGUGCAUGCAGCAAAAGCACAUGCAGCGACAACAGACGCAGACGAUGUAUGCACUGCUCCCAGAUGCCGUGCUGUCUGCUCCAUCGCGGUCCACACGCCUCGUGGUGCGUGUGCAGGGGUGCGCGUGUGAUACUCAUGGUAUGCGUAUCUGCUUGAAUGUGGAUUUGGAUGCGUAGUCUACUCAGCCCGCGUAUUAGUUCCUCC